CAGUGGCCAUAUGUUAAGACGGACGGCCCCGCAGACUGUAUAUAUUUAUCAUAUUUGCCGCUGUAUACGCAGCGCGAUGGUGGCGUAAUAAAAGCGCUGUUGGGUACGCCCUUUCCAUUAUGUUAAUUAAAAUGCAUUCAAAAGUCGCAAAGCAUUUAUAUGUCAAUGGCGGGUUAUUUCAACAUCGCUAUAAAAAGCGUCGUCUUACCACCCGUCCCGUUUCUACCCGCUGCCCCCCUCUCUCCCCGAAUUUGUCGCGCUGAUGGUCGCUGCCGCGAGGCACAUCCCUGCACGAGCGGAGGCGCAUUGGCUGUUUCAUGUACUCACAUGCGGGGGCGGCGUUUGUGACAAGGUGCACACGGCUACGUGUACAUGUCGAAGCGAGCGAAGCGGCCGCCCCGGCGUCUUCCUUUGUGUACCUCGCUCGCGCCGGGCUACGCGAGCGGGGGGCUCAAGGUGGAGCGCGAGCUGGGGACGCGCCGCGCCACCAAAUCCCGAGUUUUACUCCAGAAUUCGCUCCACUCUUUUAAAGCGCAUAGUUUAACCAAGAACCCAUCGAGCACGCGGAAUAUCCCGUCUGCAAACACACGAUUUUGUACACUGUUUACCAGAAGGUCAUAGAAGAGCAAUUGCUGCAACUGUUUUGGAAGAAAAACUGAAGAGCUGUUCAUUUGUGAACUAAACAGAUAUGUGUAACUCAUAUGUGUCAGAUUGUGACACAGAGUCCAAGUGAAACAUGGACAAGCAUCAGCAGAAUAUCUGACAAGCAAACUGAGUUAUUACAAUGUCAUUCAGUGCAACCAUCCUCUUUACUCCUCCACCUGUAAGCGGGGGAGGGACAGGGACAUCAACUACCAGUACAAGUGUGGGAUUGACACCUACAGUGACGCCAGUCAGCAUGACUGGCCAUGGUGCAGUUGUAACAAGUAUGGAGCAACUGCUGCAUCUCAUAUAUCAGAAAGUGGAUCUUGCAUGUACAAAUGCAGAAAGUGCUCUCACAUUGGCUCGUCAAAAUCAUGAGAUUCUGGUACAACUCCAGGAGGAUAUGAAUUCUCUGAGCAAAAAUCCAUUGCUGUCAAGGAGUAUGGACUCAAAAGUGGAUGUACCUUGUGUGACAUCAGAGGAUUCAGUGUCUACAACAGGCCAGCACAGGUCUUUAGCCACUGCAGGAAUAAUACCACAGAGAAGCUGUAGCUAUCUAUCCACAUUGACGACACAAGGAGUGGAUAGAGCCAGUCAGACAAACCAGCCUCAGCAAUCAAGCAAGGAGGUCACUCAGGAGACAUUUUCCACAGUAUCACAAAGUCUUCCUUCUAUAGACUCUGAUUUGACAUCAAAUUCAGUACAGCCCUCUCAGCCACCAUGCCAAGCCUUCAGUGAAAACUGCCUGCCUACCUGUGUAGCACCGUCUUCUAGUCUUCUGCUCUUAUCUAGCACUAGUGGCUCAAAUACAGGCCAAAGCCCCAAGACUGGCUCUGCAGUACGACCACAACCUUCAGGCAACCGUAACAGCACUUCAACAACCAGGAGUGGCAACAACAGUACCACUGUUGGUAUACAACCAGUAGCAACAUGUUUUAAUACCUCUAAUAAAAGUGGUUCUGUAACAAGCCAUGAAGAUGUCACAAAAAAGGGAUCGCAGCAGUCAUCUCUGUUGUUGUUAAACAGGCCUGCUUUUCUAGGACAUACUUUUUCCAAUCCCAUUUCUAUUGGCACAAGAGGGAGAAAAUGUGCUGUGGUUGGCGAUGUACCAAAUCAUUCUCAGAAGAGAGAAGUGACAGAAUCUGCUGGUUCAGUUUGUCGCCUUUCAACUGGAAGUGUUGGAAACUCCAUCUUAGGAUCACAAAGAGCAAAUGGCCUGAAAAUGCGAAAAAGACGAAAAAGAGAUGUGGUUUUGUCUAAAUGGGUGCAUGACAUCCACAAUCAUGAGUCCAAUGAGAAGAGGUUUAACGGCUCUGAGAGCCUGCACUCAGCCUGGAAUAUGUCUGUAGUAAAGUUUCUUGUGGAAAAACUGAAGGCAGCUCUCAUUUCUAGUACCCAUAAAUACAAUGACAAAGAACUGAAAGGAGCAUGUGUAGCAUAUUUUCUGACAAAAAGACGUGAAUACCGCAAUGCCCUAAAUCCUUACCAGAGCCUGAAGGAGCGUGAGGAAAAGAAGCUGCGUAGCAGAAGAUAUCGGCUUUUUGCUUACCGCUCAUCCAUCAUUAUCCAGUUUCCUUUGGCAGACCAGCAGCUAUGGGAAGGUGUAACUGAAGAGCUAAUGUCAGAUGAAGAAGACAGUCCGGUGGAGCCCGGUGUUUGGGUGGCAAGAGUACCAUCUUUUCGAUCAGCACAACUCUCAGAACUGAUCUGUCGUAUUAAUGCGAACUCUAAGCAUGGUCUCAAGCCCAACCGUGUCUAUGGUCCUCCUUCUGAUCGACUGCCAUCAAAAGAUGUGUUGAGGCUCCCACCAGAGCUUUACUGUGCGGGGUUUGAUGAUGACUUUGAUGACAGUGCGUUGGGCGAGGCCAUGAUCAUUGGAGAAAAUGGAGAGUACUGCUCUGAGAUACUAAGCCCAGCGUCUGGUAAUGUGGAGGUAAAACUAGAAAGAGACGAAUGAUUGGACGCAUGAAUUACAGUUUGGAUUAAGCACCUUGGAUUAAAGAAUUGAUUAUAGUGUUAAUUAUAUGUAUUAGUAAUGCAGAAAUUGUAUAUUUGUGUAUUAUAUAACACUUUAAAAAUAAACACAGUUACUUUUACUAUA